GCCGCACUUUCCUGCUUUGAAUGGAAGUCUGCUAUAACUACGCUAGUACUCUACCAAGGAUCUAAGACUACCUAUACCAUUGUAUUUCCAAUGUCGUCGUAUCUGCAUUGACAUUUGUGCUGCAAUUCUACUAUAACUUGAAGCCAUAGGCACCUGUCUGUCCCUUGCGUAACCAACCCGGACCCUCUCUCCAGACAUUCCAUUCCACUCAUUGACCUGCCUGGCUUUUGCGUCGGAGGAAGCCUGGCAGCCGCCCCGGACAUCCUGCUACUGUAGGUAGAUGAAGCAUUACGUGCGGUCACUGUCAAGGCUUGCUGGAUCUCGUCCUAUUCAAUCGCCCACCUGCACCCUCCACCACCAGUGCUUUAGACGGUCUUUUUCCUCUCGAGUCCAGACCACCAACACUACUACUGUCCGACGAGCUGUUCCCUCUCUUAUUCGGUCCAGGAACUUGAACCCUUCCUCUUCACCCUUUGCAUCUCGGCAAGCUCGAGCCUCCCUCUUUAACCCAGCCAACAUGUGUCGAUUCAUGUCCGACGCUCCAGGCGCCCACAACACCCAAGGCCGCGUGAUUCUUCCCGACAAUGUGGUGCCCAAACACUACGACGUGACUCUCGAGGUGGACUUUGACAAAUUCACGUUCGAAGGGACUGUAGUCAUUGAUCUGGAUGUUCCCAAGGACACCACUUCCAUCGCCUUGAACACGUUGGAGCUGGAUAUCCACUCGACCACCGUCCAUGCUGAUGGAAGUCUGGUGACAUCCUCUCCGACCCUGUCGUACGACGCGGACACGCAGACCACGACCAUCGAGCUAGGCAAGACCAUCACCAAGGGCCAAAAGGUCCAGCUCAAGCAUACGUACACAGGACAACUGAAUGACAAGAUGGCGGGAUUCUACCGGUCCAAGAGAAGAGACGGCCAAUAUCUUGCAGUCACUCAGUUCGAGGCCACCGAUGCCCGACGUGCGUUGCCCUGCUUCGACGAGCCGGCUCUCAAGGCCGAGUUCACAGUCACACUGAUUGCCGACGAGGACAAGACGUGUCUGUCGAACAUGGAUGUGGCGUCGACGGAGAUUGUGGAUUCCAAGAUCACCGGAGGAAAGAGAAAGGCGGUCAAAUUCAACCGGUCCCCUCGCAUGUCUACUUAUCUGCUGGCCUUCAUCAUUGCCGAGCUCAAGUCCAUCUCGACGGACAAGUUCCGAUUGCCCAUCAAGGUGUGGAUGACUCCGGAACAGAACGAGGAAGACGGAAGAUUCUCGCUAGAUGUUGCUGCAAAGACUCUUGCGUUCUACGAAAAGGCAUUCCAAGCCCCGUAUCCCUUGCCCAAGAUGGAUAUGGUGGCCAUUCCGGAUUUUGCCGCUGGUGCCAUGGAAAACUGGGGUCUUGUCACCUAUCGUGUGGUUGAUCUUCUAUUUGACCAGAAGUCGGCCGGUGCUGCCACCAAAGAACGGGUGGCGGAAGUGGUCCAGCACGAGUUGGCCCAUCAAUGGUUCGGCAAUUUGGUUACCAUGGACUUCUGGGAUGGUCUCUGGCUCAACGAAGGGUUUGCCACGUGGAUGAGUUGGUACAGCUGCAACGAGUUCUACCCGGAGUGGAAGGUCUGGCAGACCUUUGUCAUUGACACAUUGCAAGGAGCGCUGGGGCUGGAUGGGCUGCGCAGCUCUCACCCUAUAGAAGUUCCGGUACAUCGGGCGGAAGACAUCAAUCAAAUCUUUGAUGCCAUUUCCUACUCCAAGGGGUCGGCGGUCUUGAGGAUGAUUUCAAAGUACUUGGGCGAGGAUGUCUUUAUCGAUGGUGUCAGACGGUACAUCAAGAAACACGCGUGGGGGAAUACAAAGACGAGUGAUUUGUGGGAUGCACUGGGCGAUGCAAGCGGCAAGGAUGUCGCACAUGUGAUGGAUAUCUGGACCAAGAACAUCGGUUAUCCCGUGGUCACCGUGACGGAAAACGAAAAGGACUCGACGAUUACCGUCAAGCAGAACCGAUUUCUGCGUACCGGUGACGUGAAACCUGAAGAGGACAAGGUCUUGUAUCCUGUCAUGCUUGGUCUUAAGACGAAAGACGGGGUCGAUGAAAGUCUGAUGCUCACCGAAAGGGAGCAGACGUACAAGAUCAAGGGUGGACUAGAGUUUUACAAGUUGAACACCGACCACUCUGCCUUCUACCGAACCAGCUACACUCCGGAGCGCUUGACGAAGCUUGGAGAAGCUGCGCAGAAGGGAGGACUGCUCUCUGUCGAGGAUCGUGCUGGGAUGAUUGCCGAUGCCGGCGCAUUGGCUGCAAGUGGAUACGGCAGGACAUCGGGGAUAUUGAGCCUGCUACAAUCGUUCAACACCGAGACCGAGUUUGUGGUGUGGAACGAGAUCCUGACGCGGAUCAAUGCCAUCCGAAACACAUGGAUCUUUGAAGACGAGUCGACCAAGAAAGCCCUCAAGUCUUUCCAAUUGAAUCUCUGCUCGGCCAAAGCACACGAGCUCGGCUGGGAGUUUUCCGAGAACGAAGACCAUAUCCUGAGCCAGUUCAAGAGUCUGAUGUUUGGAUCUGCGGGUCUCGCCGGGGACAAGAAGAUCCAAGCUGCCGCUAAGGAAAUGUUUGCCAAGUUCCUCGAUGGAGACUUCAAUGCCAUCCACCCGAAUCUGCGGGCCUCGGUGUUGGCCAUGGUGCUGCGGGACGGCGGGGUGAAAGAAUGGGAAGCCGUCCUGGCACGCUACCACACUGCGCCAACGGCGGACGAAAAGAACACCUGCCUCCGAAGUCUGGGUCGUGCCCGGAGUCCCGAGUUGAUUAAGAAAACACUGGAUUUGGCUCUUAGUGGAGAGGUCAAGAUGCAGGACAUUUACAUGCCCAUUGGCGGCCUGGGGACGACCUCGGAAGGCAUCGAGAAGAGAUGGGAGUGGAUGUGCAACAACUGGGAUGUUCUGGUUGAGAAGCUCCCGCCCAGCAUGACCAUGUUGAGCAGUGUCGUUAGUAUCUGUGUCGCUGGAUUUACUAAGGAGGAUCAACUGGCUAAAGUCGAGCACUUCUUCCACGACAAGGACAAGAAGGGCUUCGACCGUAGUCUCCAGCAGAGCCUUGAUAGUAUUCGCGCAAAGGCGAAUUGGUUGAAGCGUGAUGGCGACGAUGUUACGGGCUGGUUGAAGGAGAAUGGGUAUCUCGAAAAGGGCCGGUUGUAAGAAGAUCAGAUGAAGAUCAGACAUAUCUAAUAAAAAAAGGGGGUUGUCUUCAUUCGUCUGGUCUGGCAUGGCUACCUACAUUGGACUUCGAAGUACAACAAUGAAGAAACCGAGACCUGCAGGCAAGGCAGCACAGCCAAUGUGGUUUUGUUUUGUCUUGUCUUGUCUUGUACUAUAAGAACAUGUUGAGAAGUGUGGGGGGGAAAAAAAGAGGCUUGAGAGACCAUGGAAGACAAUCUAGAGUGGUACGCCAUUAUUACUGUCUACCAACAAGGUCGCUUUCAUUUCGCUUGUUCAACACUUACUACUAUAGGCACUACCGGAACUUGAGUCUGCAGUUGGAAUUGGCAGUGUCUAGUUGGUUAUCAUUUUAUUGAGACUGACUGUUUCCACUUCUGUCUAUCACAGUCUUUUGGGCCGGACUAUAUCUGUUCGCCGACGUGAUUGCGAUUACGAUUGCUCACGAAGACUCAAUUUCAUCCGCUCCUUUCAUUCUGCUUCGGCCAUGUACAGUACCUCCGUUGUUCCCGUAGAGACAGUUUGCCGACCUGUCAAAUUCGAUACUGUUACAGUACCUUUUCCAGGGGGCCCUGAUAGAUACAACAUACAGUAGGCCAGGGAAAAGAAUGGAACGGAGAAGAGAAUACCCGAUUGACAAGAC